AUGGGAAAUGAUACAAAAUUUGUUGAGGCUGAAGAUUUACCAUUUCGUUUAAUUGAUAUUCCAAUUGGUUCUGCUCUUCCACCACCAUCACUACCAAUUCGUAUGUCUUAUAAACGUCACGCUCCACCGAUUUCUCCACCAUGUGUUGAAGGAUAUGACGCACCUCCAUCUCUUCUUCCUCCGUCAAUUAUAUCAAAACGUUGUGAUGAACCAACACCAACUAUACCUCAAAGAUCUGAUCUUCCUCAAUCACAUUCAAAUAAAAAUAC